AUGAACGGGAAGAGCGAUUCUAAAUCUCUAACUGAUCCUGAAUCAUUUAUCACUUCUUUGCCACAAGAUAUUAUUGAUGAUGAUUCAGCUGAAACUCUAGAUUUUGUGGAAAGAGAAUAUAAAGAAUAUGUUAGUGAAGAGAUAAUGGAGAGGAUUAGGGAAAAGAAACUUCAGGAUCAAAACUUAUCUUCAGAUAAUAGACAUCAAAUUUUGGCCUGUCCCAGAAAAAUCUUACCCAUACCUGAAGAUUCAGCUAAGGCAGAGACCAAUAUCGACUAUAAUGAUGUAUAUUUUGAUGAAGAAUUUGAUGAUGAUGUGUAUUUUGAUAAUGAGGUUGCUUCGCGAUCAGAUAAGGUAGAGCCGGGCCAAAGAAGUUCUUCGAACCAGGCGCUUUCGCAUGAUGAUAGUGAUCAUAGUCACAACAAUUAUUCUGAAGAAGAGAUGCCAGAUGAAUCGGAUGACGAUAGAUAUAAUGGAUGUGGUGGAUAUAAUGAAUAUGAAUACACAGAUACAUUCCAAUGUAAUGAAAAACUUAAUCAGAAAACUAUCACCUACAGAUGCUACAAAGUGGACCUAUGA